AUGGAAAGUUUUUACAUCUUCCUGUUUGUUGAUAGAGAGGGAAUUGUUGUUGCUAUUAUUGAUGUACUCCACAUUUCUCAUGCAGCUGUAGCCUCUGUAGGAAGUACUGCAGGAAUUGAUAAUGAGGCUGCAAGUUCAAUGAUGCAAAAGUUUUGGGAUUCUGCCAUGGCAACAGCUCCUGCAGAUGAUGACAGUGAUUCCAUAAGUGAGAGCUCUUUCAAAUUGGCUUCUGAUCAAGGGGCUGAAAUUGGAAAAGUCAUUCCCUACCCUUCACCUACAGUGCACAAUACAUUUGCUUUCAAGAUUCAAGAUAGAAAGGGUCGAAUGCAUAGAUUUAUUUGUGAAACUCAUAGUUUGACGGAUCUUAUAACCGCUAUACUUCAAAGAGUAGGUGGUGAGAUUGAUCGGAAUAACCUCCCUCAGAUUCUGUAUGAAGAUGAAGAUAAGGAUAUGGUGAUACUUGCAACAGAUAGCGAUCUUGUUGCAGCUGUCCAACAUGCAAGAUCAGCUGGAUGGAAGGGACUAAAGUUGCAUUUGGAUUACUCUGGGGUGCCUAGAAAUCGAAAAGGUUCACUGGCGGCAGGUGGCGGCGGUGGUGGUGGUUUGGAGCAUGCUCAUCCGGAUGCAUGGGCUUCUGCUUACAGCUCUGUGGCGGCCGGAGCUGCGUUAGUGGCUGGUUUAGGUGUAUUGGCCUUCUUGAGAAGGGGAAGCUGAGAGACAAAAAGCUUUGUUUAUUUUUGUUGCAAUUAUUUCAAGGAUAUGAUACGUGUCCUUGUGAACCAUUUGAAAGGGUGAUGACUACAAUGAUUGAUAAUGUCGAAAAAUUAAGAUUUGUAUACGCAAGAAAGAUGUUUCAUAUAAACACUUGUAUUAUUGAAUCAUGAUUGAUCUUAUUUUGGGUUUUCAAUAAAUAAAGGGAUUUGGGUUUGGAG